ACCCGCUCCACUUCUGCUGUCGCUGUUGCGCUCGACGUGGAGGGGCGAGAUCGCCGGCGGCCUUCCUCGCAGCGGUCACCGCUUCUCGACGUGGGUUUUUUGGACACGAGUACACGGGCUGGGUUACGUGGCAAUGAAGAGCGAAGGAUGCGGGCCAAAGCCUUAUUUUCAAAUAUGCACGUGCUGCACACGUGAAUCUUUCUUAGUGAAAUUAUCAGAAAGACUCCAUUGUUAUCAAAUUUCGCGGCCAAUAGAUGGGCCAUGGUGGGCUGAAUGAUCGGCCCGACGGGAAAGCGCGGCUCCGAUAGAUCUACUCGUCGCCGGUCGCCGGUGUUCACUCCAUUCUCUACCAAAGACUUCGGCGUCACAAAGCCCUCCUUCUUCCUUCGAGACAUGUCUUUCUCAAUUUCAUGUUAUGUGAUGAUUAUGGGUUCUGCUAGCCAGAUGUCUGGCGAUGAUGUGAUUCUGGAAAACUCUUCAACAUCUUCAAGUGUUUCAUUCUGGAAGGACACUCUACUAUAUUUUGCACAUCAAGCAUCAGUAUACGGCGUAGCUGCUGGCUAUUGUAUAUCUGCAUCUCUGUUGUCCAUAAUCAAUAAAUGGGCAGUCAUGAAAUUUCCAUAUCCAGGUGCUUUGACAGCUUUACAAUACUUUACUAGUGCAUUUGGUGUUAUGCUCUGCGGUUGGUUAAAGCUCAUGGAACAUGAUCGUUUGGACCUCAUUACCAUAUGGAAGUUCUUACCUGCUGCAAUCAUCUUCUACCUGUCGCUUUUUACCAAUAGCGAGCUGCUCCUCCAUGCCAAUGUGGAUACAUUUAUUGUGUUUCGGUCGGUGGUUCCCAUGUUCGUAGCUGUCGGAGAGUCUGCAUUUCUCAAGCAGCCUUGGCCUUCUUCCAAGACAUGGCUUUCUCUUGCAACCAUCUUUGCAGGCAGUGUUGUCUACGUGCUCACCGACUAUCAGUUCACAGUGACUGCUUAUACUUGGGCCAUGGCUUAUCUCGUGAGCAUGUCCAUAGAUUUUGUGUACAUAAAGCAUGUCGUUAUGACCAUAGGGCUCAACACAUGGGGUCUGGUGCUGUACAACAACUUGGAGGCAUUGAUGCUUUUCCCCUUGGAGUUGCUUAUAAUGGGGGAGCUAAAAAAGAUUACGCAUGAUAUAUCAGAUGAAUACGAGUGGCACUCUUUCAGUGUGAUUUUGCCGGUGGCAUUGUCGUGUUUGUUUGGCUUGGCGAUAUCCUUCUUUGGGUUUUCUUGCAGAAGAGCAAUCUCAGCGACGGGUUUCACAGUGCUCGGUAUCGUGAACAAGCUUCUCACCGUCGUGAUAAAUUUGGUCAUAUGGGAUAAACAUUCAACCUUGAUCGGUACAAUCGGCCUACUAAUCUGCAUGUUCGGAGGCGUUCUAUACCAACGCUCAACUACCAGGCCCCAGAAACCAGAAGCUGAGACCGAGACUGAAAACAAAGAUGAGGAGCAGCAGGAAUUGUUGGAGAUGAAGGCAACUGAAGAGGCUGGGUUGAUGGACACUGCGAAAGUUCCAUUGUGUUUCAGUUUUCUCCAUAAGCUUUUCCAUAAAUUGCUGAUAAACUUGGUAUCACGGUUUGAAGUCAUGGAUCAAGGUGUGCUAUGUAAACGCAUGAUCUCCUUGAAGUAA